UAAUAUUGUAGAAAAUGUCAAUUGAAAUUGAAUCUGCAGAUGUGAUUCGUUUGAUACAGCAAUAUCUCAAAGAAUCGAACCUUGUCAAAACGUUGCAAACAUUACAGGAAGAGACUGGCGUGUCAUUGAAUACAGUAGAUAGUGUAGAUGGUUUUGUAGCAGAUAUAAAUAAUGGACAUUGGGAUACAGUGUUGAAAGCUAUACAAUCGUUAAAAUUACCCGAUAAGAAGCUUAUUGAUUUAUAUGAGCAGGUCGUUUUGGAAUUAAUUGAAUUACGAGAAUUAGGAGCAGCUCGAUCAUUAUUAAGGCAAACAGAUCCUAUGAUUAUGAUGAAACAACAGGAACCUGAAAGAUAUAUUCAUUUAGAAAAUUUACUUGCUCGUUCAUAUUUUGAUCCACGUGAAGCAUAUCCUGAUGGAAGUACAAAAGAGAAACGAAGAGCUUAUAUAGCUACUGCUCUUGCUGGCGAAGUGUCAGUAGUACCAUCUAGUAGAUUACUUGCAUUAUUAGGACAGGCAUUAAAAUGGCAACAACAUCAGGGUUUACUUCCACCUGGUACUACAAUAGAUUUAUUCAGAGGAAAAGCAGCAGUACGAGAUCAAGAAGACGAGAAGUAUCCAACACAGCUUUCAAAACAAAUUAAAUUUGGUCAGAAGUCUCACGUGGAAUGUGCACGCUUCUCACCUGAUGGUCAAUAUUUAGUUACUGGUUCUGUUGAUGGGUUUAUUGAAGUAUGGAAUUUUACAACUGGUAAAAUUAGAAAGGAUUUAAAGUAUCAAGCUCAAGAUAACUUUAUGAUGAUGGAACAAGCAGUAUUGUCAAUGUCAUUUAGUCGUGACAGUGAAAUGUUAGCUGGUGGUGGACAAGAUGGAAAAAUAAAAGUAUGGAGAGUUCAAAGUGGACAGUGCUUAAGGAGGUUUGAGAAAGCACAUUCUAAAGGUGUUACAUGUCUUCAGUUCAGUAGAGAUAAUAGCCAAAUUUUAUCUGCAUCGUUUGAUACUACUAUAAGGAUACAUGGUCUCAAAUCUGGGAAAACUUUGAAAGAAUUUCGGGGACAUGCUUCUUUUGUAAACGAAGUAGUUUUUUCUCCAGAUGGACAUAAUAUAAUAAGUGCAUCAUCAGAUGGAACAGUAAAAGUUUGGAGUUUGAAAACAACAGAGUGUAUAGGUACAUACAAAUCUUUAGGGGCUGCAGAUUUAACUGUAAAUAGCAUACAUCUUCUUCCUCGAAAUCCAGAACAUUUUGUUGUGUGCAACCGUUCGAAUACAGUAGUUAUUAUGAAUAUGCAAGGACAAAUAGUAAGAUCGUUUUCCAGUGGUAAACGAGAAGGGGGUGAUUUUGUGUGUACAGUUGUAAGUCCACGUGGUGAAUUUAUUUAUUGUGUUGGUGAAGAUCUUGUACUUUAUUGCUUCUCUACUUCAUCAGGAAAACUUGAAAGAACUCUGAACAUACAUGAAAAAGAUGUUAUUGGUUUGACACAUCAUCCUCACCAAAAUCUUUUGUGUUCUUAUAGCGAAGAUGGGCUUUUAAAAUUGUGGAAGCCAUAAUGUAAUUACAAAAUAUGUAUAUAUUAAAAUUUUUUUUAUAAUUGUAAUAUUUUAUUUCAUGAUAUAAUUAUGCAUUUUCACUUACCAUUUUUUGAAAUAAAAAAUGUUAAAAUAUAA